UCACACAGAGUUAUAAUACAGCAGCGGCGCUCACAAUGAUCAUCAACCUUCUACAACCUGGAGAAUAACCUCUACACAACAUAAAGAUCUACAGAGGAUUCUAAUUACCAACCAUGGAUCCCUGCGACUGUGCCAAGAGUGGAACCUGCAGCUGUGGUGCAUCCUGCAAAUGCACAAACUGCAAGUGCACAACUUGCAAGAAAAGCUGCUGCUCCUGUUGUCCAUCUAGCUGCAGCAAGUGUGCCUCUGGAUGUGUAUGCAGAGGUGAUUGCUGUGGUUCUGGCUGCUGUCAGUGAGGAAUCAACAAUGUUGCAACCCAGGAUGUAAAUUAAUCUUCGUUUUGCCACUGUAGCUUAUAGUCUUGUCUUAUGACAGCACUAAAAAACCUCUGUGAUGUCUACUUUAUGUGUUUUCUUUUCCCUGCCUUUUUUAAUGGAUUAGGCUUUCAAUAGCUUGUAAUCUGAAGUAUUUUGGGAAGUAAUAAUCUAAAUGAUUUGCCCUGACCUAAGGGUUUCUAAUGUGACCUACUUGGCUGUAUUUGACCAAAAAGUGAUUCUAGACCACAUGUCUGAUUCCAGUGUCAAUGAGCAUGAUGUAAAUUACAAUCAUUAACAUCUGUGCUUGUAAAGUCACAAAGAAACUGAAACUGUAUUAUUACUUAGAUUAAUUAUUGUGAUGACUAAUUGUAAUGAGUACUUGGUUUUGAUGCUUAUCAUUAAUGUUUAAAACACAUUACUUUCCAACUUUAAUAAAAUUUUUUGAUUAAUUGCAA